AAUUACCUGAUCACAAUGCAGCGCCGCGUUCUGUUGACGGCUUCGGCUGCGCUACGCCGCCGCGUGACGUCCUCUGCCUUGCGAGCUACUUCUAAAACAGUAUCUGCACGCUGGAGCUCUACCACCUCGGAUCCUACCAAGCGGACGGUGCAGGUGUUGCACAACAAGCCCCAGACCAGUUACGUACAGGUGGAGCAGGACAUCGCUGCCAUGCAGCGCGAGAUCCGCGAUGCUUACAACUCUGGUGACUACCAGGCCGCUCUAGACGCCGGUCUGCAGUGUCGAGACUUGGUCAAAUCGCACUUCGGAGAGAACCACCCAGUGUACGCUAGCACAGUCACCAACAUCGCACUCAUGUACAAGAACCUGGGCCAGAUGGAGGAGGCAGUGGAGGCCUACGAGUUCGCGCUUCAGACGUACAAGGCCAGCGUGGGCGAGCAGCAUGCGUCCUUCGCUACGACGCUUUACAACCUCGGUCUGGUGUAUCGUGCGCUUGCCAUUUCUAGCGCUGGUAUGGAGCGUGUGAGUGCGCUUCACCGUGCGCUCGACUGCUUCGAGGAGUCGCUCAAGAUCCGCCGCAACAUCCUUGAACCAGGACAUCCCGACAUCGCGCUCAGUAUGAGCAACAUGGGCGUCAUCCACUGGCAGAACAAGCAGUCGGAAAAAGCGUUCGCCGCUCUUGUUGAGGCGGUGGAGCUACUGGAGAACAAGGUUGGCCCCAAGAGCUCACUUACAGCUCUGGCGAAGACCAACCUAGCAUUUGCCAAGAAGGAAGCGAGAGAGUACGACGAGGCUAUCAAGCUGUACGAAGACGUGCUGAAUGUGCGGAAACAAGUGCUCGGCUCUGCGCAUAACGAGACGAUCAUGGCGCGCCAUAACCUAGCGGAGGCCUAUCGCUCGAGUGGAAACGAGGAGAAGGCCGUGGAGAUCCAGAACGAGAUUCUAGAUCUGUUCGAUGCUGAGGAAACGAAAUAA